AUGGAUCAUAUUGGAGCGCAUCUCCAGCACAUUCACGCGGAGCCCAUCAGCUUUGGGAUCGACCAAAUCCUUAACAAUGUGGACCAAAGCUGCAUGCUCGGCGGUCGGAUGCCCGAGCCGGACUAUGGCCUCGGCUGCGUCGUCAGCACUGCCUACAACACCAUGACUAGUAACUUCCCCGGCAACAACUCUGGAUAUAACGGCAACGCAUGUGGGGUCGCCAAUCUGAGCGGCACCUAUAACAUGAACAUGGGGAUGAACGUCAGUGGGAAUAACGUUAACGCAGCUGGAGUCAUCCGUGUGCCCGCGCACCGACCUCUGAACAGUGGACACUCGUCCAUCCCCUGCGGCAUGUCCACGAUGCCAGGCUCGAUUAACAGCCUGACGGGAUUUACAUUCCCCUGGAUGGAGAGCAACAGAAGAUACACCAAAGACAGGUUCACAGUGGCGCUCUCACCCCUCACUGUAACACGUCGUGUAGGUCACCCGUACCAGAACCGGACGCCCCCCAAGAAGAAAAAGCCCCGGACGUCUUUUACUCGCCUGCAGAUCUGCGAGCUGGAGAAACGCUUUCACCGACAGAAGUACCUGGCUUCAGCAGAGCGAGCGGCUUUGGCCAAGGCCCUCAAGAUGACUGACGCACAAGUCAAAACAUGGUUCCAGAACAGAAGAACAAAAUGGAGGCGGCAGACAGCUGAGGAGAGAGAAGCAGAGCGACAGCAGGCCAACCGGAUCCUCAUGCAACUCCAACAGGAGGCUUUUCAGAAAACGAUAAACCAACCGGCAAACCCGGACCCGCUCUGCCUGCAUAACAGCUCCCUGUUCGCGCUUCAGAACCUCCAGCCAUGGACUGAGAACACCGCCAAAAUCAGCAGCGUGUCCGCCUGCGAAUAA